AUGCUCAUAACUGAAUUUGCAGCAAACAUGAUCAAGUGCAACAUAGCAAACACGCUCGCUGUGCCGCUACUAAUAUUGGCGCUCAGUUGUUCCACCACAAUUGGACGUCUUAAUAAACGCAGUGGCUAUAUCUACAAGCAGCCUUCUGGACCGCCACAAGCGCCAGCACAUGGAUUUUACGAGAACAGCAACUCACUUCAUCCACAUGAGCUGCCAUCAGGUCCGUCUCUUGAGGCACACAGCGGUCCUUAUUACGAAUACAAGCAAUCACUGCCCAGUGUGCAUUCGCAUGGUGGCGGCGGUGGCAGUAAGAGCGUUGGUGGCAAAUCUGGCUACAGCAUUGGCAGUGGCUUGCGCUCCAUCGCGCAAGGAUCGGCCAAUCAGGCAUACACCGCGGUAGCCAAUCAACACGCCGCCGCCAAGCAGGCUGCUUUCAUAGCCAAAAACACUUUGGCACAGGCGGCAUCGCAAGCAGCUGCUACUGCGCAGGCAGCGCUGGCCGGUAAAAAGGUGAUUUUGCAGGAGUUGGAGCAACAGGCAGCGGAAUCUCAACGCUCGCUAUCGCGCGAGCUGGAGCAAUUGAAAUCUGCUAAGAUCGCGGCGCAGUUGGCACAGCAAACAGCGCAGUCUGCCAAUCAUCAUGUUUCUGUGCUGAUAGCGGCAGUGAAUAAUGCGAAAUCGCUAGCCGAACAGGCUGAGCAAGCGACAAGUGAGGUGGAUAAUCAGUUGGCUUCACAAUCGUCAAUGGUCGGUCAGGCAAAAAGUCGCGUGGAGCAAGUGGAGGAGCAGCUGAAGCAGGCCCGUAUCGAUUACGAGGCAACCAAGGAGGCGACAUUGAAAGCCGCAUCUUCUGCCGCCGAAGCUCAGGUGAAUGCAUCUAAGGCGGCUGCCCACGCCACCAUCGGUUUGCACGAGAGCACCAAUCACAAUCCGCCUAGUGCUGAAGGAGAUGACUCAUCAUAUGACAUUGAAACCACUGCACAUGGCCAAGAAAUACAGUAUGAAGCACAUAACGAGCAUAGGCAAUAAUGAUGGUAUAGGAGGGCAUGGGACCUUGGGCUAAACAUUUCUGGAUUAAAACAAAAAUAAAUAAUAUCAAGAUAGCAAGAUCUAGUUUUUAUUUCAACGGUUGGUGGACAAAAUCAAGGAACAUGUUAAAAUGAGAUGUUGAGAGUUCACUUAAGCCACAAUGAAAGAACGAGAAAGAUGACAAUUCGCAUACUUACGGCUAUUUGGUUCGUCAACGUUGGGUAUUGUGUAAGAUUUUCUUAAAAUACAGCGGAUUCGCUUAAAAGCGAAAUCUCCAUAUCUGAAUGUAUUCAAUGCGGCCAAAAAACCCCGUAGAAAAGUUUUGACAAAGUGAAAUAAACUUGACAGGUAAGCGUUUUACGAAUAAGUCAAAGUUUGAUGUAGAAGCAGGGCUACCGAGAGAAAAACCCGACCAAGGGGUAAAAAAGGUUCAGGGCCUCUACCUACAUGAAUGUUUCUAAUAUUUUAUAAAUUUUAUUAACCUACUGCCCACUUACUAUUUCAAUGGUUCUGAAGAAUAAGUAAAAGAGACGUGGUAUUUUAUGCUCUCAUCACAUCUGUAUUAAAUUUGCUCUUUGCUUUUGUUGAUGUUGGGUUUGUUUUGUACAAUUUGUUUUGUACGAUUUUGAAAAUAUCAGUUCAUAUUUAGACUUUCAGACAAAAAUAUUUUUCCAGAUUAAACCGGAAUACACUUAAUUCUGUUUUUUCAUGGAAUAUAGAUUGGUUCUAGAAAAAACCGUGUGAAAAAAGACGUUGAUCAAUCCCCUAAAUUUGUGCUUUUUAUAAUUGCUCUGACCAGUCAAUUUGGAACUCCUCUUAAUUUGUGAUAUGAACAUAUUUUGCAAAAAUUAAAUCUGACCAAUAAAAUAUAAGCCCACAAAAAUAUUAGUCGUGUUAAAUGGAAUAUAAUCGUGUAAAAAAUUAAAAAUUCUUUUAUUUUCAAACCGUGUAAAAACAGAAUUAAAUGUAUAUGAACAAAGGAAUAUCAAGACUUGACAGUUGAUAAGAAAACAGAAACAUCUCAUUCAAACAUUAAUUUAUCGAUCUAAUUAAUGAAAAUAUGCUUCUUUUGAAAUCUGUUGACUAUCAUGAUUAAGUUUGUGCAAUUCUUUUAUUUGAAACUUAGAAGUAGACUUUUCGAGCUUUGGCGGCAGCGAAUGCGUCGAUAAUAGUCUGUAAACCCAAAUUCUUGGCUAAUUCUGCUCCUAGGCACACUAUAGCUAGUCCAGAAAUCCUGCCUUGUGACAAGCAUGAUCGAUGAAAUUUUUGAUCCUUGCUAAAGCACUAAACGAAAAUUCACCACUUGAAACAGAAACGGGUAAAGUGCAAAAUAUUCUUAAAGCAAUGCAAAUAUUUGAGAUAAGUCUUUUUAAUUUUUAGUUUGAUUGAUGGCAUUCCAUAAGUCGUAUGGAGUAAGAUGGGUUACAAAAUUUGCAUCGUAAACGUGUCUGAGAUGAAUAGCUUCAUUGGACAACUUAUCCGAUACACAAACAUAAUACUUUUUCGCAAAAUUUUUUGUAGCUGCGUCGAGUUCAUCUUCUUUCAAAUCAUGGAACUGCCAUAGAAGUCAAGUAUGACGCUGAAAGUGUUUCUUUCAAUUUGCAUACACUUUUUCAUGUACGUUGUAUCCGUGUUCCAUCAUCCAAAGACACCAAGGUCAUCAUAUGAUUUUGCCAUUUUUUUAACAGAGACGACAAUAUUUGUGCAAGGUUUUAUUCCAAUAUCUUCAUUGGUUCUUCACCUACAUAUAUACAUACAUAUUUUAUAUGCAUCCCCCUUCUAACCUAUUUUGCCUUAACAACAAAAUUUAUAUAUAUAAUUUAUUAGAACAAAAACCACUCAUGUUCAAAGUUUAAAAGUUGAAAUUAAAGCAAUUAAACUUCAGAUCAACCCAACUCUUUUU